UCUAAUUCGAAUUCACAUUUUUUUAUUUUCCAAAAUAUGCUUAAAAACUUAUUCAAAUUAAAUGGAUUCAGUCCAUUUCUUAAACAAAUAACAACAACACAAAUAUCUAUUCGCCCACAGUUCAUUCGACACUUGACAACAGAAGAAAAUCUGCAACAAAAUGCCGUCAACAAAGUGCGGAAUCCCUUCAACCAAGAAAGAACAAGUAAACCCGAUCCAGAAAUGGACACAGUCGACCGGGAAACAAAAUUGAAAAUCCUUCAAUUAGAAGUUGAAAUAGCUUACCAGGAGGGACGUAGAGUACCUGACGGUCGUUUCUUGCGCGAUCAACAUUGGGAACAAUUGUUGACACUUCCUUCAAAAUCAGCCCGAUACAAAUAUCUGGGAUAUUUGUGGCAAAUUGAAAAGAAGAAAGAGGGUCGCCAAGAAAAAAAGUUGGAAAAGCAACUAAAAGUUGCGGAACGAAGAGAUAAAGAAAGGCAAAUGAAUGAGGAACACAAUCAUAUUAUAUACGGCAUCAAUCAUACAACAUUUUUCCUCAGAGUCUACGAUUCAACAAUAAAUCGUUUAUAUAACAAUAGGUUGGUUCAAGCAAUGCAAUAUGGUUCUAAAAUUGUGAUAGAUUGCUCCUAUGAUCAACACAUGAAUCAACGCGAAGCUGUCAAUGCGGCCAAGCAGUUGAUGCUUUGUUUCGCAGAGAAUCGAAUGCAUGAUGAUCCUUUUGACAUACACUUUUGUAAUGCUGACCUGAAGAAGACCACUAUGCAGAGUCUUCAGAGACACAUACCAACAAUGCUCGAUCCCGAGUUUCCAAUGAAUGUCCAUCAAAAGUGCUUCACUGAAAUAUUUCCCAAGAAAAAUCUUGUCUAUCUCACACCUCACUGCCGGACAGACUUGACAUCAUACAAUCACGAUGAUAUUUAUAUUAUUGGAGCAAUGGUUGAUAAGAUGAACAAUGAACCAUUGUCACUGGCAAAAGCUAAAAGAUUAGGUCUGAGAAUGGCUCGCCUGCCUCUAGACAAAUAUUUACAAUGGGGAACAGGUUCUGGCAAGUCAUUAACACUCAAUCAAAUGGUAAGUAUUUUGUUGGAUUUGAAAUCAACAGGGGAUUGGGUGAAAUCACUUAAACACGUUCCUAGAAGAAAAGUCAUAAAUCCGUAUAAUAAACAAUCGAAUGAGAAACGGAUUCUUCGAAGUCGGGCUGAUGAAUUGAAAUUCAAUUUGGACACAUGGGCAAAGUCAGACAAAAAAAGUCCUUCAUAGAUUUAAUUAGUUGAAAAAUAAAAGC